AUGAAUGCUUCUGUAUUUUUGUCAUGCAGUGAGAGUUUGUAUGAAGAUGAAGAGUUUGACCAUAGACAACUAGCUGGCUUACUUGUUUCAAAGGUUUUCUAUUACUUGGGUGAACUUAAUGACUCGUUAGUAUAUGCCCUUGGCGCAGGACCUUUAUUUGAUGUUUCGGAGGAUUCAGAUUAUGUUCAUACUCUUCUUUCUAAAGCUAUAGAUGAAUAUGCCAGUCUUAAGACUAAGGCAGCUGAGUCAAAUGAAGCAGCAGAUGUGGAUCCUAGGUUGGAGGCCAUUGUUGAGAGAAUGCUUGACAAGUGUAUAGUGGAUGGAAGAUAUCAACAAGCUAUAGGAACAGCCAUUGAAUGUCGAAGAUUGGAUAAACUUGAGGAAGCAAUUACAAGGAGUGAUAAUGUUCAUGCAACUCUGUCAUAUUGCAUUAAUGUCUCUCAUUCCUUUGUUAAUCUUAGGGAAUACCGACGCGAGGUGCUUCGUCUUCUUGUUAAAGUGUAUCAAAAGCUGCCUUCUCCCGAUUAUUUGAGCAUCUGUCAAUGCCUCAUGUUUUUAGACGAACCAGAGGGUGUUGCAGGCAUAUUAGAAAAACUUCUAUUUUCUGAAAAUAAGGAGGAUGCUCUGUUGGCAUUUCAAAUAGCUUUUGACCUCUUAGAGAAUGAGCACCAAGCUUUUCUAUUGAAGGUGAGAGAUCGGCUUUCCGAUCCCAAGUUGCAUCCUUCAGAACCUGAGCAAUCAGGAUCUGCUGAGCCUGAUUCUAUACAAAAUGGAAGUGCUUCUGCAUCAGAGGAGGUUCGGAUGAUGGAUGAAACUCAAGCUUCUAAUGGAAAUGUGCCUAAUGUUGAUCCAAGGGAAGCUAUCUAUGCUGAGAAGUUUGCAAAAAUCAAAGGAAUUUUGUCUGGAGAGACUUCAAUAUGGUUGGCACUGCAAUUCUUAUACAGUCAUAACAAAUCAGAUCUCCUUAUUCUUAAGACAAUAAAGCAGUCUGUUGAGAUGAGAAAUAGUGUCUGUCACAGUGCAACAAUAUAUGCUAAUGCAAUUAUGCAUGCUGGGACGACGGUGGAUACAUUUCUCCGGGAGAACCUGGACUGGCUCAGCAGGGCCACAAAUUGGGCUAAAUUUAGUGCAACUGCAGGGCUCGGUGUUAUUCACAGAGGCCAACUGGGGAAAGGAAGAUUACUGAUGACCCCUUACUUGCCACAGGGUGGGGCUGGUGGUGGGGGCAGUCCAUAUUCAGAAGGUGGUGCCCUGUAUGCUCUGGGUCUGAUUCAUGCAAACCAUGGCGAGGGCAUCAAACAGUUUCUGCGUGAUAGCUUACGAAGUACCAACGUUGAGGUUAUUCAACAUGGUGCAUGUUUAGGACUUGGUUUGGCAGCUUUGGGAACUGCCGAUGAAGAUAUCUAUGAUGAUAUAAAAAAUGUGCUUUACAUGGACAGUGCUGUUGCUGGUGAAGCUGCUGGUAUCAGUAUGGGUUUACUAAUGGUUGGAACUGCAAGUGAGAAAGCAGGUGAAAUGCUUGCUUAUGCACAUGAGACACAGCAUGAGAAGAUCAUUAGGGGAUUGGCAUUGGGGAUAGCCCUCACCGUCUAUGGAAGGGAAGAAGAAGCAGACACACUCAUCGAGCAAAUGACUCGUGAUCAAGACCCUAUACUGCGUUAUGGUGGCAUGUAUGCUUUGGCAUUGGCCUACAGGGGAACAGCAAACAAUAAGGCCAUCCGCCAGCUGCUGCACUUUGCUGUGUCAGAUGUGAGCGACGAUGUCAGGCGGACUGCUGUUCUUGCACUUGGUUUUGUUCUGUAUUCUGAACCAGAGCAGACCCCUCGAAUUGUCUCCCUGCUUUCUGAGUCUUACAAUCCACAUGUUCGGUAUGGUGCUGCUCUAGCAGUAGGUAUCUCCUGUGCGGGUACGAGUCUGAGUGAGGCCAUAUCAUUGCUAGAGCCUCUGACAUCAGAUGUAGUUGAUUUUGUUCGUCAAGGUGCUCUCAUUGCAAUGGCUAUGGUGAUGGUGCAGAUCAGUGAAGCUAGUGAUCCUCGUGUUGGUGCUUUUAGGCGUCAAUUAGAGAAAAUAAUUUUGGAUAAGCAUGAAGACACAAUGAGCAAGAUGGGAGCAAUUUUGGCCUCAGGAAUCCUUGAUGCUGGUGGAAGGAAUGUGACCAUAAAGUUGCUUUCAAAGACAAAACAUGAUAGAAUGACUGCAGUGGUUGGUCUUGCUGUUUUCAGCCAGUUUUGGUACUGGUAUCCGCUAAUAUAUUUUGUUAGCUUGGCCUUCUCGCCAACAGCUUUCAUUGGACUGAAUUAUGACCUGAAGGUUCCGAGAUUUGAGUUCUUGUCACAUGCAAAACAAUCCCUAUUUGAGUAUCCAAAGCCAACAACUGUAGCCACCGCCUCAUCUGCUGUGAAGCUUCCUACGGCAGUUUUAUCUACAUCAGCAAGAGCCAAGGCUAGGGCUAGUAAGAAAGAAUUGGACCAGAAGACUAAUGCUGAGAAGUCAUCUGCAGCUGAGUCAUCUGCUGUUGGUUCGAAUUCUGGAAAAGGGAAAUCAUCAGAUGAUAAGAAUGGUGACUCUAUGCAGGUUGAUAGUCCUGUGGAAAAGAAGGCAGAACCCGAGCCAUCUUUUGAGAUUUUGACUAACCCCGCCAGGGUGGUUCCUGCUCAGGAGAAAUUCAUUAAAUUUCUGGAGGACAGUAGAUACAUCCCGGUAAACUUGGCAUCUUCGGGGUUUGUUCUUUUGAAAGACCUUCGUCCUACUGAACCAGAAGUGUUGUCUUUGACCGACGCACCCUCAUCAACAGCAUCAGCUACCAGUGGAUCAGCUGCGGGACAACAGGGCUCAGCCUCGGCCAUGGCUGUUGACGAGGAGCCUCCGCCACCGCAGCCAUUUGAAUACACUGCAUAAUUGGUUUUUUUUAUUCCUGUUGUAAUUCUAAUAUCUUAACAAUUGUAAACGGAAAAUAGAUGUUACGAUAAUCUUCAUUUCAAUUUUUGAAGGUUUCAGUCAUUUAAGCUUUUAUAUUCUUUGCAUAAUUCGGAAUCUUUUUUGUAACCAUUUUUUAAGUAUUUUUUUCAUUGUUUUAGCAUUUUUUAGUACUAGUUAAUGUACAUGUGCG